AUGGCUAAUGAGUCGAGGCCCUGCCCAUGUGAUAUUGGAGACAGGUUUGACUAUGGAGGCCGUGGCCAGGAAGUGCAAGUUGAGCACAUCAAGGCCUACGUUUGCAAACCACCUGCCAGCACAGGCAAAGCUGUGAUUGUGAUUCAUGAUAUAUUUGGAUGGCAACUCCCCAACACCAGAUACAUGGCUGAUAUGCUGGCGGCUAAUGGAUACAUAGCCAUCUGCCCUGAUUUUUUUGUGGGACAAGAAGCUUGGAAACUUUCUAACGACUGGGCGUCCUUCGAUGACUGGCUGAAAACCCGAAAUGCCAGCAAAAUAGACAAAGAAGUUGAAGUCAUCCUGAAGUAUCUAAGUGAACAAUGUGGUGCAAAGGCGACUGGUGUAAUUGGAUUUUGCUGGGGUGGAGCAGCAGUACAACAUCUCAUGCUGAAAAAUCCUCAUUUAAAGACAGGGGUUUCUGUCUAUGGAGUGAUCAAGUUCUUUGGGGAUGGGUUCAGUUUGCUUCACCCCACUUUCUUCAUUUUUGGUGAAAAAGAUGAUGUCAUCCCUUUGGAGCAGGUCACCCUUCUGGAGCAGAAGCUUAAACAAAACUGUAAAGUUGAUUAUGAAGUUAAAAUCUACCCUGGACAGACGCAUGGGUUUGUACAUCGCAAAAGAGAAGAUAUCAAUCCUCAAGAUAAACCUUACAUUGAGGAAGGAAGAAAGGAUAUGAUCAAAUGGCUGAAUAAAUAUCUUUAG